GCUGCUCUCGAAUUGCUGCUGGAAUGUAUGCUAUCCGCAUUCGUCGAACCCGCCGUCCAGUGAAUACCCUCUGUAGUAUCUGCGUUGUCAUCUUUGGCCUCGUGCGUACAUGUUUCAAGUCAGUGACUUGGUUCUUGACAGUUGAUCCUUCACAGUUGGGAUAUGAUACAGCAGCCAAUGCGUGUAAUAGUGGUUGGUGCCGGUCUUGCCGGCCUAGCUAUCGCACAUGGAUUAAAAAAGAACAACAUACCCUACGUAAUUGUUGACCGUGAAACGGCUCCAAGAGACCGGAAUUGGGCAAUCACGCUCGGCUGGGCGCUGCCUUUAUUACAAAAGCUUCUUCCUGAUAAUCUUUACGACAGUAUCCAGCAGUGCCAGCCAGACCCUAACUUAGACGCCAAGCUAGCCGGCCAAACAGGCCUACUUGUUCGCGAUGGAGCCACCGGUGAGGCUAAAACUGUGAGCCGAUUUCCAAGCAUCCGUCGAUUGAAUAUUCAGAAGACAAAACGCCAUUUUUCUGAAGGGCUCGAUAUAAGGUACGGCAAAAGACUAGUAGAUAUUGCUCUUGCCCCGGGAAACGAUGCCGGUGUAACGGCGUAUUUUGACGAUGGAACCUCGGAGACUGGCACGACAAUAGUCGGUGCAGACGGAGGAGCGUCGCAUGUUCGUCGUUGGCUACUGGGAGAUCUCGCUUUGCCAGAAGCCUUGCCAUGUGACUUCAUGAAUUUUUCAUUCACGCUUCCUGCAGAUAUAGCUCUGCGACUCGACAAAGAGAUGAACCCAACCGUAGACGUUGGCGCGCACCCCUCAAACAUGUACCUGGGUGUUUUCUUACUAGACAAACCUGAUAUCGAGAGGCCAGAAACGUGGGUAUUCUACAUCCUUUCUACAUGGAGUUUAAGCGAUGCAGGAAUCCACCAUCCUGGAAGCCGGCUGAGCGAACUCCGGUCACGCAUGAGAGACUGGUUUGAUCUCUUCAAGGUUGUUGUUGACAAUGUGCCGGAUGACGUUGAAAUCAAGCCAGAUCAGCUUCGAAUUUGGAAGACUAGGCCGUGGGAUAAUCACCGCGGACGCAUAACCUUGGCUGGUGAUGCUGCGCAUAGUAUGACAUUCCACCGGGGUCAAGGCGGUAACCUUGCCAUUAAAGAUGCUGACGAAUUGGUCAAAAACAUAAUUACAGUGCAACGAGACAAGGUACCUUUGCAAGACGCCAUAGAUACAUACGAUAAGGGUGCUCUGCUUCGGGGUGAAGAAGUAGAAAUUUCAAGACAGUGCAGUAUGGCGUUUCUCGACUAUGAUAACUUUGAAAACAGUCCUGUUUUUAAGAUGGGGGUAAACCCUGCGGUGAAAUUCUAAAACUAAUCUAUUUUUGGUUCGAUUGAGGGAAAUAGCAUAUUCUUCUUAGUUUAU